AUGAGCAAUCGACGAGUGUCUCUUCCGGUCGCCUUGGCGAUUCCACAGCAAUUCCCAUCCCGUCUCUCUCCUCCAUCACCUGCGUCGCCAGCCGCCAAUCGACGCUCGGAAAACUCGCCUCGUCGUGUGAAAAAGCGACGUCCACCGCCAAGAUAUCAAUACUCUCUGCAAACCGCUUCAAUAAUGAAUCAACAAAAUUCCGAGGAACUCGACGAAGAGAAACCCGAAGGAACGCUGAGAAGUUUUGGAAUCAAAAAUGGACAUGUCAUCGAUAAUGGAUACAAGAAUUUGAGUCAAAUGGCGACAAAACCAAUAGCAAUGCACAAUUAUAAAGAUCGUCGUGCCACGUGUCCAGAAGUCUGGCUAUUCCAGGAGACGUCAAAUAUUCCGAUGCAACACAUUGUUCUCAGAAUUUAUGGAUCGAAAAAUUGCGGAAAAAAGACACUUUUGAAUUCGAUUAAUCAAUUCGCUACCAAGCUGGUAACUCGUUAUAAUAAUGAAUCAACCGAUGGAGAUGAAAAUACUUCGAAAACGCUGAAUUUUCUCCUAAACAACGAGCAAAUCGAGCUGGAAAUGCUGCUGGAAUCCACCUUGGAGAACUCUCCAUUCGCUUCAUCUUUGACUAUGUACGCAGUUGUGUACAACGUAGACAGUCGAGAAUCGUUUCAAUGUGCCACCGAGCUGGUCCAACGACUUUUGAGCCGAAAAAUCGCCCGUGGUCCAAACGUUAUGAUUAUUGGCAAUAAAAUUGACCUCAAACGGAAUACGGUAGUUUCAAAAUUGGAAGGCGCAUGUCUCGCGAAAAUCCACAAAUGCCACUUCAUCGAAGUCUCCGCCCAAUACUCAAUGAACAUUUCGGAACUUUGGACGAUCGUUCUGAAACAACUUCAGAAUCCGAAGACGUCGUCAGAUCCUGAUGACGUGGCGUCAGAAUCCAAUGGAUGGAUGCAUCGAAUGGUGGCACGAGGCAAACAGCUGGCACAUUCCGCCGAGCAAAUUGUGCAAAAGUUUUUGUAA